AUGGCUCGCGACAAUCCUCUCCCAUGGAUCCAUGCUCAACUGGCUCCACAGCGUCGUGCCACUUCUUCGCCGGAGCAGGUUCCGAAAUUAAACCCACCAUCCUCCGUCCCCUCACGCACCUCGUGCACCAACAACUUCCUCUUCUCUGGUGAGGAGGACGCCGAUAAUUGGAGGAUCAUAGAUAAUGCCACACGUGGAACAGAGAAUUGGGUUUUAAGAAACCCAGUAUUCUCAAUUUUGGGGGGGAAAGUAAAGAAAGCGGUAAAAACAAUCAAUGGGAAUGGAAAUCCAGAUCGCCAGAAAUUUCAUGAUUCGUCGUUCUCCGGUAUCCUUCAAUAUAACCUCCCAAGAGCAGUUAAAAAACUGUCACCACGUUCCAUGUGCACGUUCCUCGAUUUUUACCUUAGUUUACGGUUUAGAAAACCGCUUCCACGUUCCAUGUGCAUUUUAACCGUUUCUCGAUUUCUAACCUUAGCCGCGAUGUGA